AUGCUCUCAAAAAGUGGUAGCGCUUCCCAUGGCACCUCUGACGACGAAGAGAUGAGGGAGAGGCUGAAGCGGGCCCGUCUGGUAGAGUCAGUGCAACGGAGUGUUGCCACUCGUGUACGCGUGGCAGGUGGCGAAAACGUGGGGGAGACCAUUCAGACAGACCUGGAGAAUAUCUUUGCCCGCGCGAACGAAGCGAUGCCACUCUAUGAGGAGCUUGGGGGUAUUGAAGGAAUUGCUACCAAGCUGCACACAGAUCUGACUGUCGGAAUCCGUGCUGAAACUGUGGGGCAACGCCGUGGAGUUUUUGGCAAGAACGAGCUGCCAGAGGAGGAAUCAUUGACGUUUUGGCAGAUUUACAAGGCGGCGUGGAGUGACCACAUGAUUCUCUUGUUAACUGGUGCUGCGUUUGUGUCACUGGUGCUUGGGCUGACUGUACCGGAACCUGGUCAGACCAAGGUGAAUCGUGAGACCGGGUGGAUUGAGGGUUUUGCAAUCAUUGUGUCCGUGCUUAUUGUGACAACGGUGUCGUCUGUGAACGAUUACCGCAAGGAGCUGAAGUUUCGCCGGUUGACGGAGGAGAACUCUGCUGAGCCCAUGACAGUGAUCCGUGAUGGCCAGGAACAGACGGUUGACGUGACGGAGAUUGUGGUGGGUGAUCUCGUGGGUCUGGUGCCUGGUCUGGUGGUACCCGUUGACGGUUUCUACGUGCGCGGGAUCAGUGUGGUGAUAGACGAAAGCAGCGUGACGGGCGAGAACGACCCGAAGAAAAAGAACGCCCAAUCGCCGAUUCUGUUGACAGGUACUGUUGUGAACACAGCAGAGGACGCGUACAUGUUGGCCUGCGCUGUUGGCGAGAACUCAUUUGGCGGGAAACUGCUGAUGCAGUCGCGACAGGAGGGUGGGCCUCGAAUGACACCGCUACAGGAGCGGUUGGACGAAUUAGCGGGAUUGAUUGGUCGCUUCGGCCUGGGCACGGCUGUUGUUCUUUUCUUCCUUCUUUCGACAAUGGAGGUGUUCCGUGUAAUUCGUGAUACCGAGGAUCUGUACCCCAAAAAGUUCUUGGACUACUUCUUGCUUUGUGUAACGAUUGUGGUGGUUGCUGUCCCAGAGGGUCUCCCACUUGCGGUGACGAUAGCACUUGCGUACUCGCAGAACAAGAUGCAGGAUGACAAUAACCAGGUUCGGCGUCUGUGCGCGUGCGAGACGAUGGGGAAUGCGACGCAGAUCUGCAGCGACAAGACCGGGACGCUGACACAGAAUCUGAUGAGCGUGGUACAGGGCUACGUCGGGAUGCAGCGUUUCAAUGUGCGUGACCCCGGCGACAUUCCGACGCCGAUUUCGCUUGGGAACGUGCCUGCCGAAGCACAAACGCUGCUGAUGGAAUGUCUAUCGCUGAAUAGCUCGAGUGAGAAGGUUGUGUGUCAGCAGAACAAGGACGGUACACCGGCGGCGCAGCCCUUCUGGCAGUGGAGACCGGACAAGGGGAACAAGACGGACAACGCACUGCUGGACUUUGUUGACCGCGUGUUGAUGAAGAAUACGGACCUGAUUGACUUCACGAGCCGCCCCCACCAGCGCCUGCGCCAGCGGCGCCGCGAGCACGGCUUCACGAUCUUCCCGUUUACGAGCGAGCGCAAGUUCAUGAGUGCUGUGGCGCUUGGAGCAGACGGGCAGGUGAUGCACUACGUGAAGGGUGGGUCUGACCGCGUGCUGGACAUGUGUGACCGUUACGUGACGGCGACCGGGCAGGAGGAGCCGCUGACGGAUGCGGCGCGGACGAAGAUCGUUGUGCAGAUCCGCUCCCUUGCAAAUGACGCGAAUCGCACGAUUGGUGUGGCGUACACCCGCAUGGAAGGCAGCACGGUUCCCGAGGAGGAGCCGACACAGCCACUGGUGUGGCUGGCGCUGAUGGGGAUUCAAGACCCGCUGCGCGCGGAGGUGCCGGAGGCGGUGCGGAAGUGUCAGCAUGCCGGUGUGACGGUGAGGAUGUGCACAGGUGAUAACCUCGACACGGCAAUUGCGAUCUCGCGGCAGUGUGGCAUUUACAACCGGCUUCGCGGGGACGUGGCGAUGACUGGGAAGGAGUUCCGCAACCUUGUGUAUGACUCGUAUGGCAAUGAUGCGAAUAUGGAGAAGUUCUGGCCUGUCCUUGAUCGAAUGGUUGUGAUGGCGCGCUCGCAGCCGCUGGAUAAGCAGCUGCUGGUGCUGAUGCUCAUGACGCGCGGCGAGGUUGUGGCGGUGACCGGCGACGGGACGAAUGACGCCCCAGCGCUUCGGCUGGCGAAUGUCGGCUUCGUGAUGCGCAGCGGAACUGACAUUGCCGUGAAGUCAGCGGAUAUUGUACUCCUUGACGACAACUUCCGCUCUGUUCAACGUGCCGUUGUCUGGGGACGAACUGUGAACGACAACAUUCGCAAGUUCCUCCAGUUGCAGUUAACCGUGAACUUUUCGAGUGUUAUAUUGACUUUUCUGGGAACGUUUUUGUCAUCUACACGAACCUCUCCCCUUUCUACUGUACAGCUAUUGUGGGUGAAUCUGAUCAUGGACACACUUGCAGCCCUUGCUCUUGCGACAGAGGAGCCAACGGAGGAGUGUCUGAAUCGCGGACCCACGUCUCGUAAGGCUCCACUUGUGUCGAAUCGCAUGUGGUGCACUAUUCUUACGGUUGCGUGUUUUCAGGUUGUGAGUGCUCUGCUUGUGGAAAGGUAUGGAGAUGUAUGGUUUGAGGUGACAGGAGGUGAGUUGCAAACCAUUACCUUUAACCUGUUUUUAUUGUCUACUAUUUUUCACAUGUUCAAUGCCCGAAAACUGCAUGAGGAGCUUAAUCCAUUUGAGGGACUCUGGUCGAGGUCAAGAGUGUCGUUGGGUAUUAUUUCCUUCUGUUUCGCAUUUCAGGCGUUUGCUGUUCAAUUCCUUGGAGAUUUUAUGAGAGUUCGCCCCCUACGCGGUGAUCAGUGGGUGGCCUGCUUCUCACUUUCUUCUCUUACACUUGUGUUUGCCGCCGUUUCACGUCUUGUGCCUGUACAUGAACCGGAGUUCCCGCAUGAUGCUCCUAUGGAAGAUCUUGAACCAGAGGCAAGGCGAGUAGCAGUGAAGUUGGCAGAGGAUGUUGCCCGUCAUGCCACCUCAGCGGGGGCUGGUGAACACCUUAAAUUGGGCAAGAAAUUACUCGCAAGGGCAAUGUGGCAGCAGGUACGUGAACGGCAUGUUGCGGAGAGAAGUGUAAAUGCAUUCCGUCGAGCUCGUCGUGAUCAUGAUAUGCAUACAACGGUUGCCAAAGAUAUGUAUGAACGAUUAUGUACUGCAAUGUAUUAG